AUGGAUCUCAUCCAAGGUCUGAUGCAGACCCCAAAGACCCCGUCGGCUGAAGAGACGAUUCCUACCCUAUGUGAUAGAGUGGAAAACUCAACACUAAUUGGUGAUAGAAGAUCAGCUGUGUUGGGUUUGAAAGCUUUCAGCCGUCAAUAUAGAGAAACUGUAAUCGCCUCAGGACUCAAAGCCUUAUUGAAUACGCUGAAACGUGAUUAUAUCGAUGAAGAUAUGUGUAAAGCUAUCCUCGAAACGCUGCUAAUCUUAUUUAUCAGGGGAGAUGGUGAUGAAGAUUUAACUAGAAACUGGAUAUCACAGCAAUCAAGGUUACAAAAUGGUAAAUACCCCUCCCCAUUGGUCAUGAAACAGGAACUGGAGACAAUUGACCAGUUUUCUCUAUGGAUUGCGGACGCUUUGACACAAUCAAGUGAAUUGAUUCAAUUGAUCAUUCAAUUGCUCGAAACUGAAAAUUUCCAUAUCAAACUAUAUGCCAUACAACUAUUAGAGGCCGUAUUGGCCACACGUCCAUCUAAAGCAAGAAAUGCGAUCAUCGAAUUCCCAACAAGUACAUCUACCAUGGUCACUCUUCUAGACGAUAUCCAUGAACCUAUAAGAGAUGAAGUCAUUUUAUUAUUGAUGGCAGUCGUCAACGACUCGCCUCAUGUUCAAAAACUUGUUGCAUUUGAAAAUAUCUUCGAACGUCUAUUUAAUAUAGUGGAUGAAGAAGGUGGUUUAAGAGGAUCCAUUGUCGUCAAUGAUUGUCUAUCAUUAAUUAGUAAUAUAUUGAAAUACAACACUUCAAAUCAGACACUAUUCUUAGAGACUGGUAACUUACCUAGAUUGGCUCGUGUCCUAAAUGAGCCACUUUCAACUGAAGAAGAAUUUUUCUGGACUGAUCAAAGAAUAAGCAAUAUAAAUACGACACUUGAUAUCGUUUCAUUAACAGUAGAACCUGGUAACUCAGUGACAAAGAAUAAUCAAAAUAUAUUAUUAGAUUCAAAUAUCUUAAUGGUCGUCUUACGUUUAGCGUUUUUCCCUUCAAUACCAAGGAAAGUGAGACCUAUUGCAUUAACUACUGCAGCAGAUAUGAUUAGAGAUAACGAAUUAGCUCAAGGUGAAUUCGGUAAGAUAGAUGUUCCUUAUUUUGAUCCAUCAUUAUCGGCAGUAGGCCCCAAUUCCACAGCGGCUGUGCAUCUUGUCCCGGUUAUCAGUUUGUUGGUGAACUGGAUAUUAUAUUCAAAUUCGGUCCAUACGUUCGAUACCAGAGCUGCUUCUAGUGAAUUACUAAAGGCUUACUUUAGUAAUAAUCCUUUACUGCAGUCAAAAUUUUUAGAUCAGCAGAUUGAAAUCUACAAAAAUAUGUUUAGUAUGAAAGAACAGGAAGAAAAUGCACUAGAACAAGAUGACAAGCCUUCAAAGGACAUAAUUAAACAUAACUUACUUGAAGUAAUUUUAUCGUACGACCCAGAACUAAAUCUCAAUCCUUACAAGCUUUACUUCACUACUGAUUUAUUUAUGUUCCUCUUUCAGCACGAAAAUGAUGAAAACAUGGAACUUAGAAAUCUAAUUCGUAAUAUAAAGACAGAAAGCGAAUUGGAGGAUGAAGAUCAGCUCAGUGUAGUACAAACUAUAGCAGAAUUGCUUUUAACCUCCCUUUCAUCAGAAGAUAUUCGUAUCCCUGUUUCGUUCCUUUCAUUUCUCUCAUAUUGGCUAUACUCAGAUUCAAACGCUGUCAAUGAUUUCCUUUCUAGUAAAUCAACCAUCCAAGCAUUAUCAGCUUUUUCAUAUCAAAUUCAAGAUGAUGAUAUUACUGUUAAAUGUUUAGUAACCAUGUUAUUGGGUAUUUCCUAUGAAUUUUCUUCUAAAGAUUCUCCUUAUCCAAGAAAAGACUACUAUAAUUUUAUUACAAAACGGUUAGGUCAAGAUAAUUAUCAAUCUCGUAUUAAACAAUUUAAAGAAAACUCAUUGUUUGCUAAGGCAAAUGAGAACUUUGACAUCUUAAAUCCUGGACUUGAUGAAACUGGCCUACCAAAUUUAUAUUUCAGUCCACAUUUUAUUGAGCUAAUUGAUGAAAAUUUUUAUAGAAUAAGAAGCGCUUUAUCUCAUAGUCCCGACGAAGAGCCUUACAGUAAAAUUUCAUUUGAAGAAUUUGAGGAACUUCAAGGGAGAUGUGCAAAUUUGAAAAAAGAACUAGUUCAAUUGGAGUUAGACAAUAAAGCAUUGUCCGACGAUUUGAACGCCAAGCUGGACUCUCUAUCUACCGAGUAUAAAUCAGUUUCAGGGAAUUACGAAAGGUUGAAAAAUGACUAUGAAUUCCUGGAAGGGAAACAUAAAAAGGUAGAAAAAUCACUGGAAAAUGUUUCAACUAGACUGAUAGAAAUUACGAAAGAUAAAGAAAAUUUAACAGCUGCUAAUAAAAAAAUAACUGAGACGUUUGCUUCCAAUAAAAAGAAAAUUGAAGCAUAUGAAAGCAAAAUCAAUACUCUUGAAUCUAAGCUCAGAGACAUAACAUCUAAAAAGGAACAAGCUGAAGAAGGAAUUAACAAAAUGAGUCGUGAACUUUUCAAUCUAGAGAAAAAUAAGGAGGAUAUAGAGUCUGCAAAGAAAAAAGUCGAAAAGGAAUUGAACAAAGAAUUGGAAAAUAUGAAAAACGAAAACAAGAAAUUAGAUAAUACUUUAGCCAAGAAAGAAAAAGAACUCCAGAGUCUAGACGAAGAGCUUCAAAAAUUGAGAAAAAUGCAGUCUUUAUUAGAAACUGACAAAGAUCAAAGUGCCAGAGAAUUAACAGAAUGGAAGUCAAAGUUUCAGGGCCACGACGAACUUGUUACUAGACUUACAGAUAAAUUAAAAUCACUAGCUAAUAGUUUCAAAAAUAUACAGUCAGAACGUGACACUUUACAAAAGCACCUCAUGGAAAUAACUGAUAAUAAUAAACUGGAUGUCCAAAACUUGGAGUCUCAGAUUGAAGCAUUAUCUACCGAGAGAGAUAAUGCCAUUUUAGAGAGAAAUGAUCUAUUAAAUACCAUUACGAACUUGGAAUCAGCAACUACUCAGAUACACAAUAACUAUCGGGAAGAAAUAGCAAGGUUGACAUCAAAAACAGACGAUCUACAAAGGACAGUGAACACUCAAGAAAAACAGCUGAAUGAAAAGAAUGAAGAUUUGAUAGCAUUACAAAAAUCAUCAGAAGAACAGAAAGAAGAUGCGAAAAAAUUGGAAUUGAAAUUCGCAGAUGUCAGGUCAUCUAAAAACGAGAUUAAUAAGCUAUUUGAAGAUGUCAGUGGCAAACUGAAGGAAGCUCAUGAUGAAAUUUCCGGUCUUUCAAAAAGAAAAGAAGGCCUUGAAAAGGCACUCGAAGAAUAUUCAAAGAAAACAACAAUAUUGGAUGAAGAGGCUAACUCACUGAAAACAAAAAAUGAUAACCUACAAAAUGCCAAGGAGGAUUUAGAAACUAAGUUGAACGAGGCGAAAGAAAGAUUUGAAAAGGAAUUCAGUUCAACACAGUCAGAGAUCGAGGACUUGAAAGGGAAUCUGCAAACGAAAGUAAAAGACAUACAGAGGGCGAACGAAAGAAAGGAAGAGCUUGAGAACAAGUUAACUUUAGCGCAAUCAAAAAUCAGCGAACUGAAAAAGGAUCUAGAAAUGAAAGAGACACAUAUACAAAAGAUGUAUGAAACGAAGGAAAAGUGUCAAAAUGCCUUAAACUCAUCGCAAUCAGAGGUAGAAGAACUAAAAAAGAACCUAGAGACGAAAGAGACAAAGAUUCAGAAGGCUACUGAAGCUUGUGAGUCCCUAAGAUCUGAACUCGAAACUUCUGUUCAGGAAAGUAAGAGAGGCAUGGAUGAACUCAAAGAGAAAAUUAGCGCUCUAGAAACUUUAAAGCGUGAAGCAGAGAAGGACUCGGAAACGAUGAAAAAGGAAUUGGAAGAUAAAGAGAAGAACCUUGCAACCCUUCAGUCAGCUUUUGAUGAUAUCAGUAAGCAGUUAAGCUUACUUGAAAACAACUUAAGCUCAUCUCACGAUGACACAAAGAAGCUUAGAGAUGAAAAUGAAGAGUUACAAAAACAAUUAGGGAAAUUGAGGGCUGAUUUUGACACUAAAUCAAAUGAGCUUGAAGAAUCCCUUGUUAAGUUGGAAGGAGUUACCAAGGAGAAAACUAAAAACUCUUCUGAACUUACAGAAGCCAAAUCCAGCCUCCAGAAGGUAAAACUUGAAUUGGAGAGAAAUGUUACAGACCUCAAGAAACAAUUAAAUGAGAAAACUCAAGCUUUCGAAAGGGAAAGAAAAUUACUUAAUGAAGGAUCAUCAUCUAUAACAAAAGAAUAUUCAGAGAAGGUGACGGCACUGGAAGAGAAGCUAACCUCCAGUAAGAAUGACUUUGAAGAAAAGGUACGAGAACUCGAGUCUAAACAGACAGAAAUGGAUAGUUUGAAGUUAGAUUUGGAAGCGACUUUGGAACAAAAAAAUACAGAAAUAAAGAAACUAAGCUCCGAACUUUCAGAAAAAGAGAUACAACUUGAAAAGGGAUCCUCUGAGAUUUCAGAAAUUUCCAAGAAGAAUGAAAUAACAAUAAAAGAGUUAGAAAAACAACUGUCAGAACUUCACAAGCAAUUGGCAGAAAAGGAUGAGAAACUUGAAACGUGUAAGGGUGAUAAUGAGAAGAAAAUUACAAAACUCAAACAUUCGUUUGAUGAAACUGAAGAUAAGUUGAAAGAAUCGAAUAUGCAAACAUCCAAAUUAGAAAAGGAAAACAAGGACUUGAGACAAAAAUUAGAAGAGAGUCUAAAACGAAACUCCCAGGAGUAUAAGUCAUUAGAGCAAUUACAGGAAACUCUUGUAAAGGAAAAACAAGAGUUGGAAAAAUCUUUGAAUGAUUCAAAAAUACAGUUGAAUGAGAAAGAGAAAGUUAUCAAAGAUUUCGAAGUCACUAAGGAGAAGUUACAGGAGACCGAAAAUGCUUUGAGUGAGAAAGAGAAAGCAAUGCAAGACUUCGAAGCUACUAAGGAGAAGUUACAGGAGACCGAAAAUGCUUUGAGUGAGAAAGAGAAAGCAGCGCAAGACUUCGAAAUCACCAAGAAGAAGCUGGUUGAAACUGAAAAAGCAUUGAGUGAAAAAGGAAAAGCCGUUGAAGAUUUGGAAAUUACCACGAAUAAAUUAAAAGAAUCUGAAAUAGAAUUGACUGAGAAAGGAAAAAAAUUGGAGCACUUCAAGGAGACGAGUGCAACAUUUGAAAAAGAACUUCAAGAAGCUAUUGCAGGUAAAAAAUCUUUGGAAGAAAAAGCGUCUUUGCUCGAAAGCGAACUGCUGGAUUUAAAAAAUUCUCUUGAAGAAAAGGACUCUGUCAUCCAAAAGAAGGAACAAUUAAUCAGUCAAUCUCAACAGAAAAACAACUCUGAACUAAUGGAGCUGAGAGACCUACUUAAAAAGUUGGAAGAAGAAAACAAGAAGUUAAGUGAACAAGUCAGUGACAGGACUGAAAUAGACGACUUAAUGCUGUUGGUCACCGAUCUUGACGAAAAAAAUAGCAGAUAUAGGGAGAAAUUAGAAAGUUUAGGAGUAGAAGUAUCUUCUGAUGAAGAAGAUGAUGACGAAGAAGAUGAGGAAGAAGGAACAGGCUAG